AUGGCCCUAGAGACGUCAACAUGGCUGAACCAAUGCUUCGUGGAGAACAUUCUGCGAAAAUCGGAAGAUAAUAAUUCGAUCCGGGUGAUCGAUAUAUUUUCGAAACCAGCCACGAAUAAAGGUGAUAACUACACUAGCGAUAUGAUCCGAAUUACUGCAGAAUAUUCGCGAGACCAAGACAGCUGUAAGAUUAAAGAGAAAAAAUCAAUUAUCCUUAAAAUAUUGCCUAAACUCGGAAGUGUUCGACAAAAGUUUGUCACAAAAUCAGGUCUCUUUCGAACCGAAAUGUUGAUGAUGUCAGACACCUUGAAUAAAAUGAAUAAAUUGUUGGAGCCGAAGUAUCGUUUGAGCGGGAAGACUCUCUAUGUGCAAAAUGAAAAUCCAAUGCUUAUAGCAAUCGAAGAUCUCGCGUCUCUUGGAUUUCGAAUGGCCGAUCGUUUGUCUGGUCUUGAUUUAGAUCAUUCCAUAUUGGCGUUUCACGGACUUGCCAGGUUUCAUGCAGCCUCUGUAGCCUUAUGUGAAAAGGAACCACAACAAAAAGAAAUGUACUUGAAAGGAACAUUUAACAAGCAGCAAUCAUCGGAAAUGAAAGAUAUUUUUAUCAAAUGUACUAAAGGUUUAGCAGACGAGAUUGUAAAUUGGCCUGAAGUAAAAAAAUAUUCGGAAAAAAUUGCUAAACUCUCCGAUCAUAUAUAUCAAAUAGGGAUAGAUGCAACCAAGCUCAAUAAUGAGGAAUUUAAUGUCAUUACUCAUGGUGAUUUCCACGUGAACAAUAUGUUGUUCAGAUAUGACAAUAAUGGCAAACCUAUUGAUCACAUUUUUGUUGAUUUCCAAAUGUGCGUUUACGCAACGCCUGCACUCGAUUUAAUAUUUUUUUUCAAUACAAGUCCUUCCUUGGAUGUCAUGGAAAACAAAAAAGAUAUUCUAUUAAAUGAAUAUCUUGACACUUUGUCAGCAACUAUGAAGCAAUUGAAUUGCAAGACGCUGCCGCCUACCAUGGAGGAACUGAAAGUUACCAUAAAGCAAAAAGCUCAUUAUGCAAUGAUAAUAUUCUUCGUCGUUUUACCAUUUAUGCUGUGCUGUAAGACCAAGGCAACAGAUUUGGAUGAAUUAUUGAGUACUGGUAGACAUCCAGGUUUCAAGAGCGAAAAUUAUAAAAAAUUAAUGAUAAAAAGAUUACCACUGUAUGAUGAAUGGGGUUUAUUGGACCUUUAAAGUUUGUUUCACAUUUUGUGAUAUAAAAUAAAAAAAUAGAAAAUCAAUAUAAAUCUAGCAAAUAAGUAAAAUAAUUAAAUAUAAAUAGUUAGGUUACACAGCUUUUCACGCCAGUUUCGCCAAUAAUAACCAAUAUGUAAGGAUGCGGUACCAGACUACGUAUUAAAAACUGAAAUUAAAAAUUUAAAGUUUCUAAAAAUUUAAGUUUUUAACAACUGGUAUAAGCUCAAUUUGUUCUUGACC